CCCUGAGUGCAGCAGCUGUAGGCUUUCUGUACAAACAGGGCAGCAAAUUCUUCCCUAAUUUUCUCUUUCCUGUUUAGGAUCAGCCUCUUUCCUAAUGUGUGGAGGUGUAUGUAUGGGGGGAUGGUAGUACCGGUCCAGAGUCUGCAGCCUUCUUAGGUGUGGUAUAUGUGCUCAUUGUAUGCAAUAAAUAGGCCAUGGCUUUUUUGUUCAUGUGCUUGAAGACACUCCCCAACACCUGGUGACGUAGCCAAGGGAGGGAAAAAGCAGCUCAUCUAGCCUGCCACAGCUUUUUCUCAAUCCUUGGGAAACAUUGAACUUUCAAAGCAGAGGAAAAGGAGCUUGACAGAGUCCCUUCCAGCCUGGUGAUGUAUGGCGUGAUUCAACAGGAGCUUUUGGACCAGAAAAAUGCAUCCCAUGGGAAUUGCAGAAGUGUUGCACGAAGGCAGUGUUUCCAAUGAAGUGAGGAAUGUCACUAUCCAGGCAUUUGUCCAGGCCCCUGCAUUUGCUGAGAAAAAAAAUGUUUUACAGUUGCGGCUGCAGCAGCGAAGAAGCAGAGAACAGCUCACCAACCAGGGAAUCAUGCCACAUGGGGAAACUGAGACUGAAAGAGAUAACAGCUUUCCCAAGGCCACCCACUCUGAAAAGCCCCUCUUCCUUUCAUGAGCAAAAGAAGAGCUUGGAGAGAGCCAAGGCUGAAGAUUUUUUAAAGCACAAGAUCCGGAACAGAUCUGAGCACUCUGAAUUGGUUGAUAUGCACAUUUUAAAGGAUUCAACUGCAGAAGAGUCAAUUCAAGCUACUCAGAUGAAACUGAAAAGAGCCCGUCUUGCAGACAAUCUGAAUGAAAAGAUUGCUCUUAGGCCAGGUCCUUUGGAGCUGGUGGAGAAGAAUAUCAUUCCUGUGGACUCUGCUGUGAAGGAGGCUAUCAAAGGUACUCAGAAGAACUUAUCCAAAUCUUCGGAUGCCUUUGCUUUUGAAGAAGACAGCAGCAAUGAUGGGAUGUCCCCAGAACAGGUCCAGAGUGAGGAUUCCCCAGAGUCCACAGAGUCAGCAGCAGGAACCAAAAUUUCAGAAACAGUGUUCCCCUCAGCAGCGGGGUCAACUCAGGGACAUCUCUGUGGCUCUGAAAACAAUACAUCUCUUCAGAACAGCCAGCCAGAAAGUCCAAAACAGCUGAAUGGGCAACAGACAUCUCCUAUCACUAUGUCCACAUCUGCAAAGUCCAAGUCAACAAGUGACAGCAAGAAUCGGCAUAAAAAGCCCAAGGAGAUGAAGCCCAAAGUGAAGAAGCUAAAGUACCACCAGUACAUUCCCCCAGACCAAAAAGCUGAGAAGUCUCCCCCUCCUAUGGACUCGGCCUAUGCUAGGCUCCUGCAGCAGCAGCAACUUUUCCUCCAGCUCCAGAUCCUCAGCCAGCAACAACAGCACCGGCACCAGCAGCAUUUCAACUAUCCUGGGUCACAUUCCACUUCGCUGAAGCAACCAAAUGAGCAGAUGACCAAAACUUCAAGCUCUUCCCCAGCAGCAGCCACUAACCACAGCCUUUCUCCUGUGAAGGGCACCUUUUCAGGACAAUCCUGCAUUUCGUCUCUCAAACCAGGUCCUCUUCCAUCCAAUCUAGAUGACUUAAAAGUGUCGGAGCUAAGGCAGCAGUUGCGAAUAAGGGGCCUUCCGGUAUCAGGUACAAAAACUGCUUUGAUGGAACGUCUGCGACCCUUCCAAGAGUGCAGUGGGGGCUCGGUGCCCAGCUUCAGUGAAAUAACCACUGUCACCUUCCCAGUGACCCCAGCUAGCUCUCUUUCCAGCUACCAGUCACAGUCUUCCACCAGUCUGUUGUCCAAUGGCUUUUACCACUUUGGAAGCACCAGCUCUACUCCACCCAUUUCCCCUGCUUCCUCUGACCUGUCAGUGAAUGGCUCAUUGCCGGACAGUUUCAAUGAAGGACCAAUGUCUUCCCCGCAGUUUGUCUUGCAUCCUUCUCCUGCGCAAGGCGCGUGUGAAGAGAGCUUGAUGGGAAGUGUCAAUGGAGCUGGCAUCCAGCUCGAUGUGGAAAGGGUUGACACAGAAAAGGACAAGAUGCUGGUGGAAAAACAGAAAGUUAUCAAUGAGCUAACCUGGAAAUUGCAGCAAGAGCAGAGGCAGGUGGAGGAGUUGAGGAUGCAGCUCCAAAAGCGCAAAAGAAGCCAUGGAUUGGAAGAAAAGCAGACCACAUCCCAUUUCUUUGGCUUUCCAAUCAAACAAGAAAACGCAGUGUCCAGCUGCCCCUUUGCCUCCAAGCACGUUGCCUUGAAAGACCAGGCCAGCAGCUCUGACACGCGAAGUAACUGUGGGACAGCAUCUCAGCUGCCCCACCUUGGAAAUAGCCAUUGCAUGGAAACUUCGGGACAAAAUGGCAUACUGUCCUCCACAUUCCUAAGCCCACAGUGCUCUCCCCAGCACUCGCCAUUAGAGGCAACAAAGAGCCCACAGCACAUCAGCCUCCCUCCUUCGCCCAACAGCCACUACCUUCUCCCUGUGUCUCCCAGCGCUCAGACAGAAGGACACAGUUCCCCACAGCCCAGCAAUCGCCUGUGCACAGCUCCGAUACCUACACAAGGAGGCCAGAAGUAUCCUAUCCUGUCCCCCAGCUUUUGUAAGUCAAGCACUGCCCUCCCAGAGGGAAAGCAGCCACCGCCAUAUGCUGAUGCUGUGAAACAGCAGAUGACCCGAAGUCAGCAAAUGGAUGAGCUGUUGGAUGUGCUUAUUGAAACUGGAGAAAUGCCUGCAAAUGCCAGGGAAGACCGUCCUUGCCUUCAGAAGGUGCCUCAGAUAACUGUGUCUUCAGGGACCCCUGGAACAACUUCCUUACUCAAGGCAUCUGCUUCGUUUGAACAAGGUGCCUCAAGUCAGCUUCCAUUCGAACACUGCCCUGGCAGCAAUGAUAGUCAUCUGGAAAUCUUAUUGAAUUCCCACAGUCCUCUGGGUCGAUCGAGUGAAAUCGCCCACUUGAAGGUGGGUGGUGAGGAACCUCACUUUGAAGGGGUGAUAGAAGGAUUUUCUAGCAAAGCUGCAGAGGACCUCCUGACACCCCAUGAGAUCCUGCCAACUCCCCUCUCCCCCAUGGAGACUCAGUUGUCUCCUUCUUCUGGUGAAGGAUCAGGUUUGCACAUGAGCUUCACAGAGUCUCCUUGGGAAACAAUGGAAUGGCUGGACCUAACUCCACCAAGCUCAGCCAAUGGUUUUGGUUCCCUCACCACCACAGGGCCAAGCAUCUUCAACAUUGAUUUCUUAGAUGUUACAGAUCUCAACUUGAACAGCACCAUGGAUCUGCACCUACAACAGUGGUGAACAGAAUAAGCUUUAUGAAUAGGAAUGCGGCCAACUACCAAGAAAAUCCCAUUUGAGGGGUUACAAGAGCUCUCGUGUCAUUGUGGGAAAAGAAACUGGAGUCACUUUUCCCAGAACAUAAUUUAUCUCUUCAUGACACAUGGUUUCACCAAAGAAUUGUCCCCGCCACCCCCACCCCCCACACACACCCUAAGACUAAGCCAAACCAGCACUCCACCCUUAGCAUGAAAUUUUCCUCCUCUUCACUGAGCAAAUUCCAGCAAACAGCUGCCUUCUAAAUCUCUCUCAAGGAAGAGUCUCUCUGCACUAGUUUAUUUGGUAUGUACCUGUCAGUAUUAUCCCUGUCCUACAUGGUAGUCUUUAUCAAGUUGUUGUACUGUAUUGUCCCUAUUGCUUUGUCUAUCCAACCAUUUCAUUCCCCUGUGGUGUCUACUACACCAUCUGGGAACCAUCACUUUUUAUUAGCAUCCAUUUAAAAAGCUUUCUAAGGACUAUCUGACCAGUAACCACCAAGCUCUUAGUAGCUUUGCUAAUAGCUCAAAUCACUUUCAGAGCCAGGGCUGGGCAUCACACAACUCACAGUAGCAGCCUAUCACCAGCAUCCAUGCCUCUGAAGUUUUGAUGGACUGCUCCUUUUCCUCUGUCAUUUCAGGAAGAGAGGCAGAUACUCCGCCUUUUGAAAUUCAAUAGCAAUAAUAGCAAUGGCAUAUCCUGCAAUAAUGUAGACCAGACCUGCUCAACCUGUGGCUCUCCAAGUGUUUUGGACUUCAGUUCCCAAAAUUCCUGACCAUUGGACAAGCUGGCCCAAACAUAUGGAGGGCCGCAGGCUGGGGGGCAUGCUUUUAAUUCAGUUCCUACUCUAAGGUUUCUAAAUAUUUUCUUAAUCCUAUCCAUUGUUUUGCUAUUUUCAAAAGUUGUUGGAACAAUUACUAAAACAGAAUUACAUUUUUUGUAAUGGAAAAAAAUCCAUAGUAAAAGUGAAGGAAUGCAGAAAUUAGAAAGUGGAUUGGAAACAGGAGGGAGAUGUUUCAAGGCCCACAUGAAAUUUCACUUCCUUUACUAAGUAUAUUGCUCACAUCUUUGAUUUUUAACUAAACUAAAAAUAUAGAAACAUAUCUGGGUUAUUUGCUAUACAUGCAACUUUGCAAUAACUAGCAAAAUUCCUUCGAUUCUGAUAUAUUUGGUUUGAUAUUUUGACCAUAAUUAUUCCCUAUGAAUAUUAAGAAAGUGGAAGUAUUCCACCAAAAUCUAUUUGGAUUUGGUUUCCAUUGUUUUAUGUGUGCAUACCAAGUAAUCUUAUUCAAUUUAUCUAACUCCCAAUGUUUGACGUACCAGUUUUUGAGAGGCAUCUUUCAUUUUCUUAAUCUUUUGCAUAUUAUUCUUCCAACUGAAAGAUUUCCUCUUGUUUCUUAUACUCUUAAGAAUUGUUAUUCUUCAAUCCAAUAAUGGAAUGUAUAUUAUACCAAGCCAAGCUGCCAGAGUACUACUAGAAGCAUCUUUGUUUUUUCUAAGUUAAAGGUAUAAGAUACCAAAACAGAUGGGUUGGGGACUUAAUAAGGGUUCCUGACAUUCCAUAAAUUUACAUUAUCUCUUUUCUCUAGUACACAUCCAUAAAAGUGCCUUUAAUGUCAAUUUAAUGAGCACUUGCUCGUGUGUAUUGACAAUGACUAGAGCCAUUUGCAACACCAACCAUGAAUCUUAGCUAGCAGUGUGGAAUGGACCACCACUGAUAUGGAUAAGAAAGGAAGACUGAAAGGGAUGGAGUUCUACACUUGGAGAUCUUCCCAUAUCUGUGGGGUCAGGCAGGUCCCACAAAGGACGGAAAAUGUACCCGCCUUGAAACAGGUAGACUUGUUCCCUCCACCACCAGCACUUUCUAUCCUUGCCACUGAGCCUUGAAAAUGGCAGUUUCCUAGCCAAAGAGACUUCCUUCUCUACCUCCAUAGUACUGUUCUUCCAAAUAUAAGCCAAAGUCGGGUGAUGUCAAAUUAGAUAAUGGGUUCCUUGUUUUCAGACAUUGUACUAUCCAUUCAGUUCUUUUCAAAUUUGAAUUCCAUAGCUCCCAUAAUUUUUUUAGCCUUAACACUGAAUAUUAAAGAUCAAGAUAAGAAUUGCACCACUGUCAAUUGGAAAGGCCAUUUUUAUCUUCAGAUUAUUAUUAUUUUUGCUUAGAUUUUUAAAAAUAUGCAUCCUAAUUUUAGUGAAAUACCUAUACCCUGGUUUGUUACUCAAUUCUUCUCUACAUUUCAGCAAUUCAGCCAGAGCAGCAUUUGAAUAUUUAUUUAUCCUCAUGAUGCUAUUGCACAGCAAUAGCAUUUUAAUUUCUUGUUCCCAGGAUCAAAUUUUGGAUUAUGUCAUAUAAAUUUUGUCUCUAAACAUAGGCAUAAGGGGCAACCUUGAUUCUUGCUCUGAGUCAGCCCAAAUUUUGGUAACAGUUUCUUGUUAAUGAAAAUCUUAACCAGGAAUAAAUCUGCAGUGCAAGACACUAUCUGAAAUUUGAACCAAUACAUAAUUGAUCUAUUGAGAAAAGGAGACAGAACCACUAUGCACAGUUGAAAGCUUUUUCAUAAGUGAUAUUAUCUUGAAAGGGCUACCCAACUCUUCAAAUCAUUUGUUUAGACAAUGUAGAAACAAGUUCUAAUAAUUUCCAAAACAUUUAUUCUAUUUUCUUUUCCAUUAUGGAGAAUCUUGAAUCAAAUUUCUUGUUUCUUCCCACAUUCCUUGCACAGAUUUCAGUGUUUAAAAGUUCUGAAUUUAUCUUUACACAUUUCUAUUAUUUUUCUAGGUCUCUGCUUUAACCCAUAUUACCACUUUGUUCCCUAAUUCUCCAGUUUAUGAAAUACAACUUUUUAAAAAGAGAUCAAGUUCCCUCUGGAUUUCUCUAUUAAGAAAACUAGUUGUUAAAUAAUUUAAUUUAAUUGUGAUUUUUAAAGAAUAUUAUUUAUAAUUACAAUAUAAAAGUAAUUUUAUUAACAACUUGGUACUAAAUGUGUUUUACUUAUGAAACACACUAGUUUAAACAUGAAUACGUACAUGUAUAAAUAAUAAGCUAGAAAACAGUUACUCAUCACUUUAAAAUUUUCUAAUUAAUUUGUUGGACCAAUUCAUUAAUUUCUAAUUAAUUGGUCCUCUAAAUUAACUAGAGUUGCCAUACGCUUCUGUGAGGAUGUACUUCAUAUAUUCUGGUAUCAAUUUAUAAUUUGACUUGGGUUUCUUUUUUCCCAACACAGAGCUUUGUUAGCCUACUAACUACAGUUUGCCUAUGCACAAAUGUUUAUUAGCCAUAUAAGUAACUCUCCUUGAUUCACCAUCUUAACUUUUUACUCUUUCCCUGUGUACCUUUCAUUCUAGCAUUUUCAAAACAUCUUUCUCCCCAAUAAAAUAUAAGGCUUUUGACUUUUCCCAGUAGCCUUCAUGCAGAAUGCCUGGCUCUAAGAAGUCAGGAAUAGGCUUUGUUUAAGAGAAAAGACUAAUCUUUUUCAACAUUCCCAUCCACGUGCAAGACUGAGGGACACAGUAAAGCAAAAAUCCAGAUGAUACUUUAAAUGUUACUAGUUUAGUUCUAAUUCCCAAAAGUGCCACCAUACUCGUAUAAAACUUGGGAGAUUGUGCCUUUAAAAAGAAAUGCAAACCGGCUUAUUUUAACAAAAUCAAGGAAUCAGCUCUUUCUGUAAUGCCAUGAGACAGGCUUCAAAGUCUCAAGGAUACCUCAAAAACCAUAGCUGUCUUAAACACAAACACCAGAAUAUUGCCUCUUAACACAUUGGUUUUUAAAAACAAAUUGUAACUACUGAAAUUGAAAUCUAUGUACUGUAAUCCCAUGCAUUUCUAUUCUUAAACUAGGCCUACUAAAUUCUAUAGAAUUUAUUAGGAGAAAAUUCCUGAGGGUUUUUGUUUUUUUUUAAGCAGGUGACUAGUUUCUGAAGAUAUUUGGAGACCUUGGCAAUAAGCAGGCAGUUGCCAAAGAUGGUCCAUCAGGAUUUCCAUGCAGAGUCUUGCCAGAAAAAAUAACAAAACUCCAAGGCAAAAUCCCAUCCUAUGCAGCAUGGCCUAGAAACUAUUCACACAGUAAAACAGGGCUUAACUUUUUCCACUCUGGACCCAUUUCCACACAAGAAAGUUUUAUGUGACCCAGGCAUAUAGGUAUAUAAAGCAGGUAUAAAAAGCAAAUAUUUACUGAUAACAAACCAGGAUUUGCAAGGCUUGCUAAACAGGCCCAUUUUCCUUUUUAUGAAGUACAGCUGAAGCAUCUUUUGCAGUCCACUGAAUGCCACUAUGUGGCUUAACACUUUAACUGCACAACAGAUUUGUGUAAAUGUACUAUAAUACAACAACUUGGUGAUAUUCAGAAAACAUUUAUUUUUGGCAAAAUAUUUGGGACCCCAACAUUGAGCUUAAGGAGAUCCCAUUUGGGGCCAGGGCCCACAGUUUAAGGAGCCGUGAAAGAGAUAGGCAAUCAGUGUUUUACCUAACACAACACUUCACUUUCUGAUAAUAUUAAAAACAUAUUAAAGCACUUUAAAGUGCUGCAACUUGGUCAGGGAAUUUGAAGCUGUAUUUUUUAAAAAGUUUUAUGAUACUUUUAAAAAAGUGACUUAAAUUAAAAGCAAUAUGGAUUUUUGAAAAGCUAUUUGAAAUAACCUUGCAACAUUUGUUCUAAAAUGGCUUUUCAUUUAAGCAUGGUUGUGUAAAUAUGUCAGGUUUUUUUUAAUUAGCAAAAGAAAUACUUUUAAGUACAAAUUAAAAGCUAGUUGGAGGGAAAACAAGUUAAUAGUGUGCCAAAGAAUGUGUGCAAAGCCAAUGCCCUUAAAAAGCAAUAGUCCUCAGACAAUAUAUACCUGUGGCAGCUAAACCUUUGUUCUUUCCCAAUUGUUUUCUGAAGACGGAAGAGAUGACAGAACUAUAGAAACCACACGUAUAGCAGUUUGAUAUCAUAUAAAAGUAUUUGAACAUACUGUGCCUAUUCUGCAGUUAACCACUAAUGUAGUAUCCUGCAGCAUCAUUUGUACAUGUUCUAGCAUAACAAGGCAAAGCAGAAUGGACCUCGGAUGGCCAACUGUAGUCCAGUACACAAUGCCAUUUUAAUAAUUUCUUCUUUUUGCUUAAAUGGUGCCUUCUUUCAAGUUGGAUGUUGUCACUGUCAUGGAGUCAUUCCUUCUACACGUUUGUGUCCGAGAUCAGUAUUAAUCAAAGCAGUCUUACUGAAGUCACCUUGAAAAUGUUUUUACCCUUCCCAUUCACAGUACUGUUAUGUAGCUACACAAUCCAAGACUCAGACACACAUGCCUUAGUGCCUUAGCCACAUGGCCAUUACUCUUUUCUAGAUUUCCUGCCAGGCCCCACAUGUUGCAAGUGGAGCUGAAUGAAAACCACAUGGAAGGUCUUCUAGAGAACAGCUGUGAAUCCAGGGUGAAAAGGAGGAGCUUGUUCUUCUAAGUUACUUAGCUAUCUUGCCGUGUUACAAUUCCCAGCUAUUACCUUUUGUUUCUUGUGUAAAUACCUGUGCAUUGCAAUUUCGAAAAGUCUGUUAGCACUGGUGGGGUGGAGGUUCACUUUAUGGCUGCUUUCUAUGGAUCUAAUCAUUUCAUGAAAUUUUGUAAAAAGCCAUAUUGCAAACCAAAUAUCAUACAAAAAUAUUUAGCAAACGAGUAUAUUUAAAACUUGUGUUACUGGAACAAAUGUUUGUUGAAAAACAAGACUUGUCACAAAGGACUGUGCUCACAAAUGCAUUUUUGACUGAAAAGCAGGAGAGUUCUCUCUACAGACUUCAGUGCCUAAACUCCUGAGGUUUAAGUAUAACGACUGGCUUUAAUAUUGCUGCAUGAUGUAUAAAAAGGUUAAAGUAUUUGUAAUGUCACUAUUUAAAGCAUGAUUUUUUUCUAUUGUACAAAUGUUCACAGUGCACUGAUAGAAUAGAACAAUCCUUCACGUGCUUAUUUUCCUUUUUUAAUGUUAAUAUCCAGAAUUAGAAGUCAUUCCAUUGAGACUUUUAAAAGCACUUGAAUCCUGAAUAGUUUUAGGUGCAACACUGUCAUGCGGUACUGUCAUGCGGGCUUUGAUGAUUAUUCUCCUUAUUUAAAGGGCUGCUGUCAACUGAACACUCAAAAUAAUACUGUAAAUAAAUACACUGCCUUACCUCUGUGACCAACACUGCCAAUACCUAUUAAAAGAAUCGGUGAUGUCACACUCA